AUGCCGUUCAGCUCUAUGCUCUGUCCGCGGGGCUGCAGCUCCGCUCGCCGUUCGGUGCGUGUAACAACACGGAGCAUCGCUCGGCUGCGGGAGCGGCAGGGAGCGGGCGGACCGUGCGGGUUGGUUUGUGCUUCCCAUCAACAGCCCCACGGCGUCGGUCGGAUAGGGAAGGAAAGAGGGGAAAAGCGAGGUUUACCCUGCCUGCAACUUCAACCCUGCCUCACUGGUGAAUGGCGAGCAGCAAGGAAAGCGGAAUCGUUCUUUCGUGCUCUUCCUGAGUGGGAGGAGCGAGCAGGCACGGGGCUUAAGAGCUCGAAAUAGAGUUGAGCAGAGCUGCCAGGACAUGGGACAGGCUGCAAAGUCAGCAAGGACCGUCGUCAUCUCUGGUGUUCCAGAUGGUGUUCUGAGCAAUGAUGUCAUGAGUGACAUCCUGGUGAUUCAUUUCCAAAAGGCAAAGAAUAAUGGUGGAGAUGUGGAAGAAGUGAAGUACCCAACAACGGAACAAGGAGUUGCAUAUAUAACUUUUGAAGAUCCAGGAGUUGCAGAGAGUGUUCUACAGAAGAACGAGCAUCGACUAGAAGACAGGAGGCUGCCCAGGUACUAUCCUCUGAAAGUGAGCCCUUACUGUGAAAAUGUCUUCAGCUCUGUCACAGCUGUCCUCGAUAUGUCUGUUUUCAGAGACAAAUUUGUUUUGGAGGAUCUAAUACAAGAGCUUAAAAAGAAGAACACGGCUUUGAGAUUUGGCUCUUUGCAACCCAACGGGCAUAUUCCUGUUCAAGGGUCAUUUCCAGCAAUCAAAUGGCUGAGAGACUUCCUUUUACUAAAAGCAAAAUCCCUCUCAGAGGACAAAAAGGAAGAAAGUAAAUCCCAUCAGAGACCAAAGAAGAGGCUGCAGAAGCGCAGACUCACCAGAGAGGUGAAUGAUUUUGUUCGUGAUGCGGAAGGGGAGAAGCAAGAGGUUGUUCUUGACACAGAUAUAUAUCUCUAUAUGAAGCACUUCUUCUUCAAGGAGCUCCUUACAAAUACUGACGUUGUGAUUUCUAACAUCACUGACGGUGAUAUAACUACCCUACAUCUUCAGAGAGGCAGAAGCAGGCGUGAUGCUGGACAGGUAUUAAGAGUCAAGGAGAAGAUUGAAAAUCAGUCUGUAAGACUUCUUAAGAGUUUACGUAAAGAAAGGAUCGACUUGGAGAGGUGCACCAGAGAUAAGAAGAAAUGCAGAUCGGUGUGUGAAAGUGUGAAAUCCCGCUACCCUGAUGUUUUGGUCAUCCCUUAUGAUACUCACAUUGAUGUGAUAGGAAGUUCUUCUACAGUUUUCAAAUUUACACAAGAAGUGAACAAAAAGAUUCAGAGCCUGUUUCAAAACAGGUAGAAAGACAGCAUUUGUGUUUCCUGCGCGUUGCUUUUCUAAUGAGCUGUUUUGGUGCAGCCCUUGUACCUCCGUGUCACUUCAGAUCUGCCUCACUGCUCCUACACACGGUCUGGGAAUGCUGCACAUGAGGAUGAAAAGCCCAUUCCUCCCCAGGUACCAAAUUAAGUUCAGACCAAGAGACAAAUGAUCUCUGUAUCUCUGCUGAGCUUCAAGACGGAAGAAAUGCUGCCUCUUGUGUCCAGAUAGAGACACAUUCUUCCUUUCAUGUGCUGCAUUCCGGCCACUUGCACUCCAUCUUGCUGUCAUGGAGUUUACGAUGUGAAAAGAAGGUUUUUCAUCAGCAUAAGAAAUGGUGACUGCAAAGUUGGGUGAACCAACCUGGUAUGAAAUCCUGCACAGAAAUUCAUGUGUUUCUUUGUGUGAGGAGAUGACCACUGAAUAUAGGACUGGUGGCCUGCUGCUGCUGCUGCCUUUAUCUGCAGUUCUUGUUGAGAUGCACAAAGGUCAAACUUUAGUACUUAAGAAGAUGGAAAGCUUGUUGAAUCUGUAGGCUUGUCAUGCCCUGAAAAAAGCCUUAUAAGCUGGCACCAGAAGUUCCUGAUAGAAGAAACUGAGUUUGUCUUUAUAGGAGUGAUAGCAGGUUUUCUUUCCAGUAGUAACAGCAGCUGCAGCAUCCCAGGACAGCAAGCUAUUUAGGCAUGGAAGUGCAUCCAUCAUUUUGAUGUAAAAAUCUUAGCAAACUUUGAUAUCAGAUUCUAUUUAUACAGUUCUUAGGCCCGAUGUGGGAAUAGAGUGGUUUUUCUUAUCUUUCAUCUCAUGGUUUAGAUACACCAGAUAGGAGCAGACCCUUUUGCUGUGCAAAACCGAUGAGUUAAUGCAAUAACUGGUUGUUGUAACUGAGAACAGAAACAUCUUCAUCCUAAUAACACUUUGCAGUUGUGUUUUCCAGGCUGUGUCAGAGGUUCAGACUGUGGGGGUCUCUGCCACCUCUUGUAAGGACGGGACAGCCUUAGUGUUAAUUGCUUUCUAAACUGAAUGCCUUAGAACACUAAAUAUCUUUCGUUAGCAGCUGUACAUGUUUCCAGUUUUUGAUAGGCCAAGGUAUGCAAUUAGUUUUAAAAAUCAUCCUUAAGUAUACUGUUCAGAAUUACCUGCCUGUGUCUGCCCUGCCCUUUGCUUUCAUUUCUAAGGUUAAGUGCCUGGAGCUAAAACUGAGCGCUCACUACAGAAUUCCAUCUCAUUCACCAGAUAAAAGGGAGUGCUCACUGUAAAAUAUCAGCCUCAUUCACUGAAAUCAGGGACGGAGCCCCUCCACAGCAACGUGACAGUUUAGAGUGCGUGUGUUAAAGUUAAACCUUUUCCAUGGAGAUCUAUUAGGAGUCCAAACGCGACCUUAUUAGAAAGCCAAGUUGAAAGUGUGUUUGGGGAUUUCAGAAUGUUCAGAAAUACGUUGCUAUGACUUACAGACCAUUAGUUCCUUUGCAUGCAAAGUCUUGUGAAAUUGAAUUUAUGAUCCUAUUAAAGAAAUGAGUUUCAAAAUGCUUUUUGUUCUUUAAGCAACUCCUAGACUUUGAGUUGGAAGCUCAUCGUGCUUAAGGCAUUUUCUUGUCGUGACUGAUUACCCACUGCAGUUAUGCCAAUGAAAGAUAAAAGUCGUUAAACUAGCACCAGUGCUGUGUUUUAAAAUACACUGUCAAAGUGGGAGGAUGAUGAGCUGAAGUGAUGUGCUGAACUGGGAGGGAGGAGUGCUUAGAGGCUUAUAUCCACACCAGCUUCCUCUGCAGCAGUAGCUCAUGCAGAGGCUGGAAGGGGGCAGGGCAGAGCACCCAGAGCCAGGUCUGAUAGGGCCCCUCCUGCUCCUCAUUGACCAAACCUCAGCCUUUUUCAGUGCUCCCCACAGAGCUUAAGCAAGGAUGGGAGGUUUUUUUAACCUCGUAAAGGAGAAAAUUCUCCAUGAAGGAUAGACCUGUAAUGAAAUUAGUGCUCUUUUCUAAUAUCUAUAUUGAUCUUUCAUUCUCCUUUCUGCAGGGUCUCAGUGUUCUUUUUAUUGGUUUGUAGAGCCAGAGUUUCCUGUGUGCUUGCAGAAAUGCUUAGGGCUCAUAAACCAGCAGCACUGAUUGCAGUCAGAACACCGGCAGGUCAGGAACGGGCUGAACUACAUCCAUAGAGUCAACUUUGACAGCAGGGCUGGUAGAGGUUCUGCUCACUUCUUGUUGUCUGGCUUUUAGGUUUAUCGCUGUUUUAUAGCAGUUCUAACAGCUCCUCUCCAUACUGAUGUGUCCAUCAUCUCAUUGCCACCUGAGCACUACCAGCACUGCCCUGUUUCCUGGGGUCUCCCAUCUGCUGCCUAUGGUCCAAUACCUGGAUGUUGUUUCUUUAGAGAAACAGAGCUUUGUGUCUGUUACUUUGUGCUUACACUAAACAGUGAAUUGGGAUGUGAGUCCAUUGUGGACCAGCACGUACCAUCUCUUGUUAUGCUCCUGGAUCUCUGGGGCUGCAAUUUCAGGUGGGUUUUGCAGCAGCACUGCCUGGGAACACCUCACUUUUCUCAUCACUGAUGGUUCCUUGUGGCCCAGCAAGAGCAGGGCUCAAAGCAAGUGUUCCACACAGGGUUGGUGCUGGUAAGCAAGGGGCUGUGGUGUGUGCUGUGACUGCCUGAGAUACACUUUUAGAUAUAACCCCACAGAGAACCUUUAUCAGCGGGAAAACACAUCAGCUGUGGUCUACCAGGAUAGACCUGUGCUUGCUGUAAGGUAUAAACAGCCUUUCAGCAGGAUAACCUUGUAAGUGAAACAUGCAUUUCUUCCAUCAUGAUGCAGUUGCUGUGAAAAACAACAGAUAUUUAGCAAAAAAAAAAAUAGAAAAGAAGUCUGAUUUUGUCCUUAGUGUGGACACAUAAAUACAGCAAAGCAGAUCAGUGUUAGGUUUGGUAAGAGACUUGCCAGCUCUUAUUCUCACAGCUACCUUUUAUGGGAAGCAAAGCACUUAUAACUAUCAAGCUCCACUCGAAAAAGGCAUUUAAUAUUUGUGUGUAUUAGAAAAUAUCUGGGAAAGCACAUUAGAUGCAGUUCCUAGAUCUAAACCACCAGUGCUGACUCAGUACUCUCAGCACCAGAUUUGCACUUUUAAUUUGAAAAGAGAAUUCACUCCGGGGACCUCAGCAAAAUAUUUGUCCUUAUUGCUGUGCCGACGCUUGCUGCCCUUAACCAGAUGGGGAUAUGGAACAGUUCGCAGAGU